AGGCGCUCUGCGCAGCGACAGGGAACGCGGCCAAUCUGGAGGGAGCCGUCAGCGCAUCCAGACUCGCUCGGCUCGUGUCAGUUGAAGAUCUUCCUCGCGCGUGCGAACGGGCACUACCUAAGACAGGCGAACAGGCUGAAGCAUGUCCUUCACAAACAUGGUUGAGAGCGCCGCAAGCGAGUGGACGCAGCAGCAAAUGGAAGAAGCCAAGCCUGCGCCCGAAGGCCGCGGGAUUUGGUCGCCUGAGGAGCACCGCCUCUUCGUUGACGGCAUCAAGAUGUUUCCUUCGGGUCCUUGGAAAGACAUCGCUAGCCACGUGGGCACACGUACGGCGCGUCAGACCAUGACCCACGCGCAGAAGUACCGUCAGAAGAUCGCGAGGAGGCUGCGCAACGUGCGCAUGAGUGGCAAGCACAACCUGCCCUUCCUCAUGGACCAGGCGUCGCGCUUCAACGCGUUGCUCAGCACCGACGAGCAGUUUAACGACUCGAUCCUGGCCACGUCGCUUGCUAUCGCCGCCGAGCACGAACUCGACAUGCUUGGCGAGACGGGCGAAGGCAACGCGUCCCCAACCAUGCAAAUGCUAAUGCAGAUGGGCAUGAGUCCCAGUGCCGCCCAGGCCAACGUUAUGAUGGAGCCCAUGGGCCCCAGCAACACGUACCAGAAGCAGCUUCCGCUGGCAAUAGACUUCUCCUCCACGGAAGGCAACCCGUACUAUCUGGAUGGCCCAUCCUUCGAGCCUAGUGAUAUCGAGUUCGACAAGUGCAUGGACUUCUUGAUCGAAACUUUCCACCGCGAGACCUAAACGAGCCGCGUCGCUCUCCGGGAUCGAAGUGUAUUUAUUUGAUGAGACCCGGCGGGGUGGACGGGAGGCUGUGGACUAGAGAGAAUGCGAAGGAAGAGCGCGGGCGAGAGCGGUUGGUGUUGGUGUGGCUCGCUAGCGAGAAGAAUUGUUUAAAAAACGCAGUAAUAUAUUAUGGUAGGUGAAGAGCCGUC